CGCCCCCUCCCCCUGCACCAACAGAAAUAGCAGAGGUUUGGCAGAAAGAGCACUUCCAGUAGUGAGAAGUGAGGACACAUCAGCAACAUUUUUUUUUUUUAUCUGUCAUAGUUUGAAGCCCAACUUUUCUCACUUUUUUCAACACAGUGCAAACUUAAAAAAAAAAAGGCUUUUGUAAAUAAUAACACUGAGUUAGCUCGGAGACAUUUCAUCUGUUUGACUUUUUGAGGGAAUGGCAUUGGACUUCGCUGCGGGCUGCAUUGGAGGUGCUGCUGGUGUUUUGGUUGGACAUCCGUUUGACACUGUGAAGGUGAGACUUCAAGUUCAAAAUGUGGACCGACCUCUGUACCGCGGGACGUAUCACUGCUUCCAGUCAAUCAUACGCCAGGAAUCGAUGCUCGGUCUGUACAAAGGCAUCGGCUCUCCAAUGAUGGGCCUGACCUUCAUCAACGCCAUCGUGUUCGGCGUCCAGGGCAACGCCAUGCGCAAGCUCGGCCGCGACACGCCCCUGAACCAGUUCUUGGCCGGAGCGUCCGCCGGCGCCAUCCAGUGUGUCAUCUGCUGCCCGAUGGAGCUCGCCAAGACGCGCAUGCAGCUGCAAGGGACCGGCGAGAAGAAGUCCAAGAGGAAGCUGUACAAGAACUCCCUGGACUGUCUGGUGAGGAUCUACAACAAGGAGGGAAUCCGCGGCAUCAACCGCGGCAUGGUGACCACCCUGCUGCGCGAGACGCCCGGCUUCGGGGUGUACUUCCUCACCUAUGACACGUUGACGCGCUCCCUGGGCUGCGAGCCGGACGACCCCUACAUGAUCCUGAAGCUGCUGUUCGCCGGCGGGAUGUCGGGGAUCGCCUCCUGGCUCUCGACCUACCCCGUGGAUGUGAUCAAGUCCCGUCUUCAGGCGGACGGGGUCGGCGGGGUCAACCAGUACAGCGGCAUCAUGGACUGCGUGAGGCAGAGCUUGAAGAAGGAGGGCUGGAGGGUGUUCUCGCGCGGACUCACGUCCACUCUGCUGCGGGCGUUCCCGGUGAACGCGACCACCUUUGCCACGGUGACCCUGUUUCUAAUGUACAUGCGAGAGGGACAGGAGUGUAGCAUCCAGGACUCGGAGCUGCAGGCCGUCCAGCUGCAGACGCAGGCGCAGCCGCUCGCGCAGCAGUGAGCGCCGCCUCGGCCAUCAGCUGAUCCAUCCAGUUUGUUUAAACUUCAUGCAGGUCUAUGAUCUGUUCACCCGGUGUCUAUAAUCAGAGAGCUGGACUGAUCCCAGAUAGGCAUCAACAAAGUGACCACAUGUAGUAUUUAAAUAAUAUAUAUUUUAAGAGAAAAGCUGCAUUUGUAAAUAUGGUCUAUUUUUAAAUGUCCUCGGUUUUAUAUACUUGUUUUUUGAGUUUUUCAUUAAUUUAGGAAACUUGAUGGUUACAGCGGUUCUCGUAUCACACUAACUGUACAGCGAGGGUUACAGGUUACAGAUGUGCGUCACAUCGAGAGUCAAAGAAACACUUUGUCUUUAAUCCUGCAUUGAGGUCACACUGGAGUCUGUUACGAACCGGUCUCCAUCAUCAAACAUUCACUCACGUUAUUGAUCACAGACAGAACUUGACUUCAGUUUGGCAUUUUUGUAAACAUUAAUGGGUUUGCAGUUUGCACUGUUUCUUUUUGCAAACUAACCACGGUGAAAUGAUUUGUGAUUGAAAUAUUUUUAAAUAAAUUUUUUUAAGCCGUUUACCGGUCCAGUGUGAACCUGGCAUUUUAGACCCCGUGCCCACCUAGCGCGCUUUUUCUGGGCAGGAAUCUCUGGUCCUGAAGCGUUUGUGCGCCGAGAAGAAAAAGCGCUGCAAUCUCCGUCCUGUCGCUAUGACAACAGUCUGUUAACAACGGCUGCUGUGUGACCAACACUGCUCAGUUACUUUCUACUGUAUGUUUUAGAGUUGAGAUUGUUUAUUUCCCCGAUCAGACCCGGAGCAAAGAGGAUGUGGGUACAAGAGACAAUCUGUAGGCGGCAAAAAUACAGGAAAUGUCAUACAUUUGGAAAAGAGCGCCUUUCUGAAAAGUUGAAAGAUCUUCAACUUGAGCGUUCGGAGCGGCCGCACAGAAAAAAAAAAAAAAGACACUAGGUGGACACGGGGCCAAAGUGAUUAGUUGUAAAUGUUACAAACACAAAGAACUGUCAACACACAUGCACAUGCUCCUUCUGCCUGUACAUGUAUCUGAAUAUCUUUGAGGAUACAGCUGUGUAUAUAAAAUGUUACAAAGGGAAGCGGCUGGAUGUUUGAGCUGCAGAUGCUGUCUGAUGUUUUAAUUCUGAGGUUAUUCUGUGUGUGUCUCGGGCUCUUUGUCUUCUCAAAUGAUCCUCUUUGGAUUCUGACCGUCGUGUAGAAAUAUCACAAGCUCAGACGUCGCCUCGUCGUCGGGCGACAUGAACAAGUUGUCACACGUUCUUUUGUGAUCUCAACGACUGGUUUUCCCAUGACGCAGUCGUUGUCUGGAAAAACCAAACGUGACGCAGAUUUUCCUUCGUUUUGGUUGGACAUCGUUCAGUGUCCAAAGACGGCACCUUAUGGUUUGACCACUAAUGUAAGAAUGUGUUACAGUGUAACUGGAUGACUUGUUAAAAGUGGGUAAAUCAGGGAGAGGGAGAGAGGGGGGGUGGUUCUGGUGCAAAUGGUUCUGUUUGCUCUCAGUUUGUAAAUCUGACUCACAUGGCUUUUUAAACCACAGCACAGGAGCUAAGGACCCCUCUGCCCCCCCCUGCUCACCAGGACUGUCAUGAGAGGUCAAAGGGCAAACACAGUAAGAAACACUUCACAGUCUGAAGGUAUAAAGCGUUGACCAUGAUUGCCAAAUAAAGGCUUAAUACUGCAGGUUGCUCGUGUUACUUAAUGUGGUGAAGCUGUAUGACUCGUCCAUCUUCACGUCUGUUUCUGCAGAACUGAAGCUGCUGUUACUUCUCUGCAGUCUGAGUUGCACACAUGGAAACUGUCCUUUGUUUUUUUUUCUUUUUCUUACAAAGACAUAAUAAUGUGCAUUCUGUGAAUUUUUCCCAGGUCAUCCUUGAAGAGUAAAUGUUAAGAUUGACUGUAAUCACAUGUCUGUGUUUGUCUGCUUGGUCUUCUAUUUAAUCAUGUACAUGUGUCUUGGCUGUACCGGUGGAGGGUCACGUCUCUCUGUAAAGGGCUUUAAGUCUUUCAUUGUGCCUUUGUCUUCUGCACUUGUCCGUGUACAAUAUCAUGCCCCAAAGCACCAUGCACAAUAUGAAUAAUUUUUUUUGAAAGAAUGGUGAAUAAAAGCCACAUUUUUCAGGUC